AUGUGCUGCGGGGCAAUCAAAGCUACCUGUCCUCUUCAGGAGCACAGAACCUUGUCUCAGACCCCGUACCUUCUGCGUUCUUCAUGUUCAUGUUCACGUUCCCUUCCUAUCCGAGCUUCCCACCGUGCCAAGGCGCUGCUAAGGCUGGUUCACAGGAGCAGCCGCCGGCGAGGAACUCCCAAAUGCGCCGCUGGAAACCGGGGCAGAUUUGAGAGUGGGAAAAAGGUAGACAGGUCCAUUCAGGUACACUACUUCGAAUGUCGCACCAUUUCUUCUCCACCUCCUCUUUUCCAUUUAGUUGGUGUAUCUCCUUCUCAGGCGACUCCAUGGAAUGGCACAGACGAAGCCAUGGACUGUCUGGGAAAAGGACCGUCGGUGCAUGAUUUGCUGUGGAAGCAGAUUACGGGAGAGCUUGAAGGCGGAGGCGGUUCUGAGAGACUCGGCGGCGGCGGCGGCGGUGGCGGCGGCGGCGGCAGCAGUGGUGGUGGAUCUGGUGGUGAGAAUGGAGGUUUCAGUGUGGACUGGAAUGAGCUUCUGCAGAUUUUUCUGGCCACCUUCUCCUUCAUGCUCGUGGUAAUCCGCCUUUACUUCUCCAACAAGUUCUAUCUGGUCCUUUCUAAACAUCUAGCAGGAUUUAACACUGAUUGAUUUCGAUCAAGUCAAGAUUUUUUGAAAAAAAAUAUCUCUAAAGCAAAGUUUUUCACUAAACUUUGUUCAAUGUCGAUGAUGAGUUUUUCACCUCAGUUUGUCCGGACGAUGGGAGAUGCUCAUCCGUUUGUAAAUUUAUGGCUUCUCAGUACAUCUACUUGAUCAGACGGGAGGAGAUUAACCGGCUUUCCAGCGACUACAUCAAGUACCUGAUGGGGGGCAGGCCAAGUCGAAGAUUGAGAAGAACCAUGAGUGCCUGGGAAAGGCUCUCCGAGAAGAUCAAGAGGAAGGAGGUGGAGGGUUUGUCAGAAUAUCCAGCCGUCUCGUCUCCCACUUGA